AUGUAUAAAAAAAGAAAACGCCAGAAGCGUUUGACAACUAAUGUACAAGAUCAUCAACAACAUGAUGAAAAUGAUGAUGAUUCGGAAGACGAGAAAGAAGAUGAACAGAACUUUGUCAAUAACGAUAAAAAUGAUAGUGUACCGCCUUUAGACCAUUUAUCUGACUUCGCAAGACCUUGGGUGUACGACAACUGGAAGAUCAAACAAAUAUUACAGAAAUUUAAAACCGGAUUUCCAGAUAAAGAAAAAGCAGAAAUGAUGUAUCAGUUUGGAAUUCAAAUUCAAGAGCUCCGAUCGAAAACUAAUGUACAAGAUGAUCAACAACAUGGUGAAAAUGAUGAUUCGGAAGCCGCGAAAGAAGACGAAGAGAACUUUGUCAAUCACGAUGAAAAUGAUAGUAUACCGCCUUCAGACCAUUUAUCUGACUUUGCAAGUCCUUGGGAUUGA